UGCGUCCCCUCGACCGCAGUCAGUGGAGCCAGCGAGCGGAGCGACGCGACGCGCCGGAGACCUGCUCGCUUCACCCCCCCCAAACACCCCCCACCCCCCGGGACGCGUGGACCUGCCUCUGCUCUCUGGUUCUGGAGCCGCUCCUCGCCGCUCCUCGCCCUCCCGCAGCCCGCUGGACUUAAGGACUUAAGUCUGCGCUGCAAACGCCGUGCGCAAGCGAAGAGAUGAGAAUUGCAUCCUGAAACGACAACUUGCUAAAUGCUGCUCUAGAGUGAAGACGUGCGAGGCACCAGCCGACACAUGGAGUCCAGGGUUCCCCACCACAUUCCCGGAGUGUCCUCCUCCCUCAUAUCCCAACCCCUGCUGGACAGCCGAGUGCCCUACGGACGUCUUCAGCACCCUCUCACCAUUUACCCCAUUGACCAGAUAAAGUCAUCGCACGUGGAGAACGACUACAUCGACAGCCCUGCCGUCGUCUCCCAGCAACCCCCCAGCCAGAAAUCUGCCAACCGAAGAAUAACUUGGCUCGGUCAGAAUCAAGAGGCCUUCGUCGGGGCGAACCACAACCACCAUCACAAUCACCAACAUCAGCUGCACCAGCACGUCCGGUGUGAGUCCCACCAUCACCAGGACACCACCACCCAUCCCUGGAUUUCCUUCAGCGGGAGACCCAGCUCCAUCAGCAGCAGCAGCAGCACCUCCUCUGAUCAGAGGUUACUGGAACACGCUGCACCCACGCCCAUAGUGGACCCCCACCCACACCUGCACCACCACCAUGGUCCUGUCCACACAAUCUCGUCCCAGACGACAGGCUGUCUCUCCUCUGAAUCUAAAGGCCUCACGUCAUCAUCCUCUGCUUCCUCCUGCUCUUCUUCCUCUAAGUCUUUGGACCUCAAGGCUACAAAGAUUCCCGCAGGAGGUGUGUGCGCCACCGGUGGCCAGCAAGGGUUGGCACUGAUCCCUUCGUCCCCAACGGAGAAGAAGCACCUCCUUCUCUGCGAGCACUGCGGGAAGUGUCGAUGCACUGAGUGUACGCUCCCCCGAACCUUACCCUCUUGCUGGGUCUGCAACCAGGAGUACCUGUGCUCUGCCCAGAGCUUGGUGGACACGGCCACCUGCAUGUGCCUGGUCAAAGGGAUCUUCUACCACUGCACGGAGGACGAGGACGACGAGGGCUCCUGCGCCGACAAGCCCUGCUCGUGCUCCCAGGCCAACUGCUGCGCGCGCUGGUCCUUCAUGGCGGCCCUCUCCGUUUUCCUGCCCUGCCUGGUGUGUUAUCUGCCAGCCACGGGUCUGGCCAAGCUGGGACAGAAGUGUUACGACAAUGUUAGCAGGCCCGGCUGCCGCUGCAAGAACUCGCAGGCCGGCGCCAGCGUGCCCGCGUCUAAAAACGGAGGCACGGACGCAAAAGUUGGGACUGAAAAGCAGCAGCAGGGGUCAUGAUAGUGGACCAAACUGUCUGGAGGUGGCCUUGCUACAAAAUGGACAGGACUUGCUCACGCUCUAAGGACAGGACAAUCCAACACCGACUCUUUAAACUACCCCAUUAAUCUGCUGGAAGUUGACUUAUCUAAAACAAAAAGGUACUUAAAUGGCUAACUUGACCCAUAGGUGAUGAUGUGGGUGAUGGAUAUGGGCCGUCUGAGAGAGGGGGCCUGUAGGAAUAGCUACCGGGCCCCUCGAGAUGUUUUCCUCUCUGUUUUGUAAGAGUGACACAAGAAGAAGAGCCUUGAUUGUGGGACUGGUGUUUUUUUGUGUUGUGCGAAAAUGGCUGAAGGCACAAAGUCAUUGUACCUCUCUGCUGCUCAAUAUUUCUCAACUAAUUUUGUAACUCUUAACUAACCAGAAGCUGGUUGCUGAUCCUCAGAUUACUUUGAAAUGAUUGAUGAAGAUACAUAGGUGUUUUGCUCCCACCCACUGCUCAAAGCACAACCCAGUGUCAAACAUGGAAAGGAAGUAAUUAUAUACAGAACACUGCUUCAUCUCAGGCCUUUGCAAGAGACCGCAUUCUCUGUCACUAUAAUGACGAUCAACAUCUUCUAUGUUGCCAUUCUCCACUUAUACCUUAAAUACGCUGGCUUGCUGACAUUUUAUCCCUCGGUUUUAUUCUCCAUGGAAGGACUGUAAAAACAAACCUUUUUAGACUUUAAAAUGAGAGUAAUUUCCCAUAAGUCUCACUCUGUAUUGUGCAUAAGCAGUUGUGCUGCAAGUGAGAGAUAAUCACCUCACAGUGCAUUUUUCUAUUUUUGGGUGGUGAAGCUUAGACGUUCUGAAGUAUUUGAAUGCUGUUCACAGAUCACCUCAGAUGUAAUGCAUGUCACAAUCUGCAUGCUCUAGUCUAAUGGUUACCCGCCGUGCUAGAAGUGGAUUUGUGGUAGAGAAACGUGUUAGACGAGAAAACAAAAAAAAACACAAAAAAACGUACACCCAAUCUUCUCAGGGACUGUUAGAGUCAUCUCUAAGAACUUGGCCUACUGCAUGUUGACUUCUAAAACUGCCCAAGAAGCUAGUCUACUUCCUCUUUGCACAAAAAAAGGCAAAGAAACAUGUAGGGGGCAAAAAGGCAAUUGUGAAUUAUUUAGAAAGCAAGUAGGCUAAAAUGUUUCUGGAGGAGAGGGUAGCAGAGAGCGAAGGGGGCGAGGGAAAGCUUAGCAAAGUUGUCGUUCUGUUCGUGUCAAGUCUGCCUUUGUCAAAAUCAAACCUGCCAAUUGCACAACCUUUUUAGGACCCCUUAAAGGAUGUACUGAAGCACAGUAUUAACCACCUCAGCUAUCUCGCAUUACGUUGACUUCCACUAUAUUCAGUCCACAGACGUGUGCCCCCCCCCUCUUUUCCUUAGACACAAGUGUCCUCAUGAUACAAAAUCACUAUGCUGCAUAGCUGUGUAAGUCCGAUAGUCUCGCUUUUAUUCCUAAAGUCUAUUUUUGUGGCUUGCAUGACGUUCUUAAAACUUUGCCAAAGGAAGCUAUUAUACAGUAGCAUGUUUUCACAGUCUUGAGUGAUCACAGUUGUUGUGCCUCCUCGCCAAAUGGAGCUGACGGCAGUUGGUCGUAAAAAGGUGCGCUGCCCUUUAAUACAGAUGGCCGUUUCUGUUUGGCAUGAAGGCACGCUGUGUUUGUCGUUCCAUAACACAUGACCCUCUGUCGAGUCGGACCCUUAUCUUCCAUCGGGGCGCUUCACUUUGCUCAUACUUGUAUUUGUCUUGUUGCACAAAAAGCUGAUAUCACACAAGAAAAAAAACAACAAAAAAAAGCAAAGAGGAAAAAAACAACAACUUGGUCCUUUAGUAUUGAAUGUAUGAGGCAAUAUUUUCAAAACCUAGCAAACUCAGUCUGAGAGAAAGGUGCCAAAACUGAGAACGAAUGUUUGACUGGGCGAAGGCCUGGCAAGGGUAGGUGGGCAGAAAAAAAAACAAAAAAUCACAAAUGUUUUGACAAUAUAUUUAGUAAUAGAGCUAUGCAGGUGAAAUGUUUUUUGCUGUAAAUAGUUUCACAAUAUUUGUGUUCUUUAGAAGAGACUUUUAAAUGUCAUUGGAAGAUUGCAUGGUACAUUAUAACUACAAUUCAGUACAAAGUAUAUAGAGAAUAUAUUAGAUAUAUAUUUUGAGGGUAGGAAUAAGAUGUUUUUGAGGUUUACGAGGAAAGGAAAAGCUUGGUGGCUCGCGAGGAGGGUUCAGGAAACAAAAAUGACAGGUCUUUCUAUUUCACACUUGAUUUAGAAAAGUGUGCCUGGCAAUAAAAAAAAAAGGUUUAAAAAAACAACUCCUAUUUAUGCUAUCCAUGGCUCAUUAGCAGUCGAGAGGCUAAGCUAAUUCCCUCUGUGAGCCCUAAAGACUGUGGACUCAUUGAAUCCACACAGAGGACACAGUCUACCCCUAUCAACCCAUUUCCUGCUUUUACUGCUCAGUGUCACAGCUCCUUUUCUCCUUCUCGCUCUCUCUCCUUUCUUUCUUCCCUCCUUCCUCCCUGAGAAAUAGCCCGACAAACACCCUUGGCCUGCCUUGAUUGACAGACACAGCUGCCGUGCAUAAACUUGUCAUCCCACGGAGACAGGAGAGACAGUCUCUCUCCCCCUGUUUUUACAUUCUUUCAUUCCUCUCCCGCCUUCCCCAACUUUAUUUGAUUCUUUCGGAGUUGUGUCAAGUGCCAUCCGUGUCACAAGUGGACCUUUAUUCUUUUUCAAAAGUUGCUGCCUUUCUUUUCAGUCACUGCAAAAGUAAAGUUUUGAUUUUCAUGUUAGCUUUAUACUAUCACGUGUGCUCGCCGGCCUGCUCUUGGUGUGGAAACACCGAACAAAGACAACUCAAACAUGAAAACUUAUUCUUUUUCGUUUGCUGCGUUUUGAUGACUUUUAUACAUCAAUGCCCGACUUUUUUUUAAAUUAUUUUAACCCAAACAUGUGGAAAACUCUCAUACAGUUGCUACUCCAUUCCUUUAUACCUUUACGAUGUCAUUGUUGAGGAUUAAGAAAUGAGAUCUGUGCUUUUUUUUUCUUUUUUUUUUGUUUAAAUAUAACAAGAAAAGAAAAAAAUCUCAUAUAAAAGGUUCCCUUUAUAGAUAUAUUUAUUUUGAAGUUCUAUUUUAUAUAGUAUUUAUUUAGAUGCCAACUUUUUUGUUUGUGAAGAAAGCUUAUGUCGAAAAGGAAUGUACAUUGACAAUGGAAAUAUAUAUUGUUAAAUAUACUGUCGUGUUGUUGCUUUUGUGCCCAGUUUUCAAACCACAUGAAUGCACUGAUACAUUUCUGUGUGAACACGAUGCCUUUGGACGGGUCACAGCAAGACAUUAAGUGCAAUUAAAAA